AUGCCGAACCAUUACAUGGCAGAUGAAAAGCCCGAGUCGGCCCCUUAUGGCUACGAGGAGAAUAAUGUCGGCUUCGAGGAGCCCAUUGUCCAUGGCGCUGCUACUGUGGGCGGCGAGACGGGUCGGGGAGGAGACACACAUCGUGGAUUGAAAUCUAGGCAUAUUCAGUUUCUUGCUCUUGGUGGUGCCAUCGGUACUGGUCUCUUCAUCGGAUCGGGUUCUAUUCUCGCCCUCGUCGGCCCCGCACCUCUGUUCAUGGCCUACCUGAGCAUGAUGCUCGUUGUUUACAACGUCAUGAACAACUUGGCUGAAAUCGUCACCUUUUUGCCAAUGCGCGGAAUCACGAUUCCAUACUUUGUCAAACGAUUCGUCGAUCCCAGCUUAGCUUUUGCCGCGGGAUGGAAUUACUGGUAUGCGUACGCCAUUCUUGUUGCCGCAGAGGCCACGGCUGGAGCCAUUCUCCUCGAUUACUGGCAAACUCCCGUUCACAAUGCUGUGUGGAUCACCAUUUUCCUGAUUGUCGUCCUUUUGCUCAACAUCAUCGCUGUCGAGUUUUUUGGAGAAGCAGAGUUCUGGUUUGCCUCUAUCAAGUUUAUCACCAUCAUCGGCCUCGUUAUUCUGGGUUUCGUCAUUAUGCUUGGUGGAAGUCCAAAUGAUCAAGGCCGCCUGGGUUUUAGGUACUGGAAUAAUCCCGGUGCCUUUAAGCCAUAUAUCGUAGAUGGAAAUGCUGGAAAUUUCCUUGCAUACUGGACUGCCUUUGUUCGCGCUGGGUUCGCCUUCAUCACCUCGCCUGAACUGAUUGCCCUUGCUGCUGGAGAGACCAUUGCACCUCGCCGCAACAUCCCCAAGGCCGCAGGUCGCUUCGUAUACCGUCUGGCCAUCUUCUACGGCCUUGGAUCCUUCAUCAUCGGCGUCAUUGUCCCCUCCGACGACGACCGUCUCGGCGGAAGCUCCAACGCCUCAGCAUCUCCCUUCGUCAUCGGCAUCCAAAGAGCCGGCAUCGCAGGCUUGAACCACGUCGUCAACGCCGCCGUUCUAACAUCCGCCUGGUCCGCCGGCAACGCCUUCCUCUUCUCCGGCUCGCGCGUCCUCUACGGCAUGGCCCUCAAUGGCGAAGCCCCCAAGAUCUUCGGCCGCACCAGCAAAAAAGGCGCCCCAUACGUCGCUGUCCUCGCAACAUGGGCAAUCGGCCUCCUCGCCUACCUCAACGUCUCAAACACCGGCGCCCAGGUCUUCCUCUGGUUCUCCAACAUCUCCACCAUCUCCGGCUUCAUCGCCUGGAUCGUCGUCAUGAUCACCUACAUCCGCUUCCGCAAAGCCAUGAUCUUCAACGGCGUUCUCGAGACCCUGCCUUACCGCACGCCCUUCCAGCCAUACCUCACUUAUUUCACCCUCUUCGUCAUUUCCCUCCUCACCCUCACAAACGGCUUCCAGGUCUUUGUCCCCGCUGAUUGGGAUGUUUCCAACUUCCUUGCUGCAUACAUUACCCUGCCUAUCUUCCUCGCCUUCUACUUUGGCCACAAGAUUGCGACUAGGACAAGGUUUGCAAUUCCUGUGCAGAGCAUCAAUGUCACGACUGGAGUCCGGGAAAUGAAUGAGCUGUGCAAGGAUGAUAUUUCGGGGGCGCCCGUACCGAAGAAUGUCUGGCAGAAGAUUUGGUUCUGGAUUGCUUAA